AUGUUGACGUUUGUGAUCGUGGACCAGUACAUUGCCUGCACCAUGCCCCUACAGUAUCGGAGUGUAAUGACCCUAAAGAAGUGUAACCGUAUCAUGAUCCUCCUCUGGACGAUAGUGUGCCUGUUCGAGCUUCCCCUCCUUAUUACUAUGGGUGGAGCAAAAGAUAAGGGACCGUCUUAUUUCGACCUUAUCGGAGUGUGUUAUUCGUCCUACGUUAACUUCGACAUCUCUGGGAACUACAUGGUGUACAUGUGCUGGUCUCUCUUGGAGCUGACGGUGGUGUACGUUGUGCCGAUAUACGUUAUGGUCCACCUGUCAUAUAACUCUUAUCGAGUGAUGAACCACAGGAAAAGAGCGAGCAUGUUCAGUCAGAAGGCAGAACAGGAAUUGAAGGAACAAUCUAACAAAGCUGCAAAGAUAAUGGAGAAACAGGAGAAACCUAUUGAUAAGGAUAAAAACGAAAAACUGAAAGCUCUUUUAUCGCUCUACGCUAAGCCUAUGGUUAAGACAGCCCUAAUCCUGUGUUUCGUGCUUCUCUCGUUAGUUUCUCACAGCUUGUUAAGGUUCUACGAGCCCGUUAAAGACUACUUCGGUCCUCAGUCUUCAGAGUCGAUUCAACUGACGGUAAAUUGUCUAAGAAGCACUAUUAGUCUGGGUCUCAUCCUGUCAGCGGGGCGUAUUGUGGGCAGUCUACAGCUGAUAAUUCUCAGAAACAGAUACUGCUGA